AGGAUGAUCAAUCAUCAAUGAUCACGUUAUACAAAUCUAGUCAGCCGUAAUAGCUGGUAGUUUACUGUGCGGGCAUCCCCAUAAAAUAUUUUUUCUUCCCGUGCAUAUUUAUAUUUAUAUAUCGCCAAAUUCUUUAACUAAAAAUCCAAAGUCUUCUUCUUGGAAACUCGCUGCCACCCCCAUCGGAUCUAUUCCUCCCCUAAGGCCGCACGACACACGAAGCUAUUCCAAUGGUUCGUAUGCACUCCACACAGCAAACAGCUAAAACUCCACGUGUCUUCUUGUCACUGCUUCGCUCCAUUGAUAAACAAAUAAAACACCACCAAGCAGAAUCGGCAUACAAUCCGCCACAGAAAUACCCUGCUACUGCUACCCCACAUGUCCUCACAUGGUAUAGCUCGCAGUACUCCACCUCCUCUACCUCUUCUACCUCUUCUAUCCCCACCUCCUCCUCUCCCCUAACCAGUGAAUCAAUGUCACCGACAGCCUCUUCCCUCCUCUCCUCUCUCCUCCUUCUCACUUCCCUCUUCUACCUCGCCGGCAAUGCUAAUGCCCAGGUGAGCUCCGGCAGCCUCCAUCUCAUCGCCGACGCCAUCGACUGGCCCGUCGCCGCCUCCGCCUUCUCGAGCUCAUUCGGCUCCGAUCCCGACGAUGACCUCAUCCGAGACGCCGACGAAAGCGGAAUCCCGCGGCGAUCGCUCUUCUGGCACCGGCGAAAUCUGGCCGACUACUACAUCUCUUACGGUGCCCUAUCGGCGAAUCGCGUCCCGUGCCCGCCGCGCUCCGGCCGAUCCUACUACACCCACAACUGCCACCGUGCGAGAGGUCCCGUUUACCCUUACUCUCGCGGAUGCAACUCCAUUACGCUUUGUCGCAGGUGAUUCCAUAACUCUCGGUCUGUAUUUUUGGUCCGAUUUGGUGGUGUUUAGAUUUCUGUUGGGAAUGUGGGUUGUGUAGAAGAAUCUGUGUGUGUUGAUUUGGGAACUCGGGGGUGGUAGGAUUGGAUGCUUGUGGGGUGAAAGCUUGUGUGUUGUCUUCUUAUUGGAAUGUGUUGACUGUUCAGUUCUUCUUCUA